CGAGCCUUUGGUCUCACUCCUCUCUCUCUCUCUCUCUCUCUCUCUCACAUUUCUGCGCAAAACUAGGAUCUCUUUCUUCAACCCAACUGAGCGAGAACCCGAAAGUUUCAGGAUAAGGCCCAUUUUGUUCAAAACCCAAUAGAUUCUAUUCCUUCUUUCUAUCUGAAGAAAUACUGGAGCUGAGAAAAAUCUGAGGCUGCCGUUUUUUAUUGUAAUAAGGAUGAAGUCUGUUGAGGGGAGACUCAUGGAUGCUGCUGAGAUUGAAGAGAAUCUCUUUGUAGUAGGUGAUGCGAAGUUACAUGGAGGAAUGUGUAAACUACUUUCCAUGAUUGUUUACAAAGUGUUGGAGAUCUUUCCAUUUAUAGAAGCAUCAAGACCCCGAAGCAAGUCUGGCAUACAGGCAUUAUGUUCUUUACACAUAGCUCUUGAGAAAGCCAAAAUUCUUCUUAAGCAUUGUUCGGACUGCAGCAAGCUUUAUUUGGCUAUAACAGGGGACUCCAUUCUUAUGAAAUUCGAGAAGGCAAGAUGUGCCCUCCAAGAAAGCCUAAGGCGUGUUGAAGACAUAGUUCCACAGGCCAUCGGACGUCAGAUCUUGGAGAUUGUCAAUGAGCUGGAAGGCACCGUGUUCGAACUGGAUCAGGUUGAAAAGCAAGUUGGCGAUGAUGUAAUAUCAUUACUUGUAAAAGAGAGACAAAGUAGUAGUAGUAGUAAUAAUAAUAGUCCUAAUUACAAUGGAGAACUCGAAGUUUUCCAUCAGGCCGCCUUAAGGCUAGGAAUAACAUCUUCAAGAGCCGCUCUAUCUGAGCGAAGAGCUCUCAAAAAGCUUAUAGAAAGAGCACAAGGUGAGAAUGACAAGCAAAAAGAGUCAAUUGUCUCAUAUUUAUUGCACCUUAUGAGAAAAUACUCAAAGCUCUUCAGAAACGAAGUAGGCGACGACACCGAUUCUCAAGGAUCAACACCUUGUUCCCCCACAACCUUUAAUUCCUUAGAUUAUGUAUCAUCCCCUUGUAGAAAUGGACGUGCCUUUGAGAGACAUCUCUCUAAAUUUGCCUACAGUUUCAAUGAGAAUAGGAUGAAGAGAUCGGAAAAUAUGCCAACUCCCCCUGAAGAGCUUAGAUGCCCAAUAUCAUUGCAGCUAAUGUAUGAUCCAGUCAUUAUUUCUUCUGGGCAAACUUAUGAGCGUGUGUGUAUUGAAAAAUGGUUCCAUGAUGGUCAUUGCUCCUGCCCGAAAACCCAACAACAGCUAGCUCAUCUCGGGUUGACCCCAAAUUAUUGUGUUAAAGGCUUGAUUGCUAGUUGGUGUGAACAAAAUGGAAUGUCAAUUCCUGGUGGUCCACCGGGAAAUCUUGAUGUUAAUUAUUGGAGGUUGGAUUCUAGAUCGCUAGGUAGUCUCGAUUCUUGUAUGAUGAAAGGAGUUAAGGUGGUUCCAUUGGAGGAGAAUGAGAUGGGUAAUAUAAACAAUUGCUCCUGUCCAGAUUUUAAUGUAGAUGAUGGGGUUGGAAGAUACACAAAGUUACUGGCUAUGCUUUAUGAAGGCCAGAGUAUGAGGAAACAGCGGAAAGCAGUAGAGGAAAUAAGGUUUUUGCUGAAGGAUGAUGAGGAAGCAAGGAUUUAUAUGGGUGCAAAUGGGGCUGUUGAGGCACUGGUCCAGUUUCUGAGAUCAGCUAUCUAUGAAGGAGAUGAGGAGGCUCAAGAGAUUGGAACUAUGGCUCUUUUCAAUCUUUCUGUCAACAAUAACAGGAACAAGGCACUCCUAGUAUCUAAUGGAGUAAUCCUCCUCCUCGAGCAAAUGAUCUCCACCUCCACAACUGAAGAGUCCGCCACUGCUCUUUACCUCAAUCUCUCUUUUCUUGAUGAAGCAAAGCCCAUUAUCGGAUCAAGCCCAGCCGUCCCUUUCCUAGUUCAACUCUCACACUCUGAAGAUUCCAGUUCUAUCUCCAAGCACGAUGCUCUUCAUACACUCUACAACCUUUCCACUCAACCUUCCAACAUCCAACCCCUUUUAAGCUCCAACAUUGUCACCAGUCUCAAUUCCCUGCUCAUCUCCUCAUCAGAAAUCGAGAAGGUCCUUUCCAUCCUUAUAAACAUAGCUACGAACAAAUUGGGGAUCAAGGAAAUUGUGUCGGCCCCAGGACUGAUAGCUUCACUAGCGAUAAUUUUGGAUACUGGUGAGGUGCAUGAACAAGAGAAAGCAGUGUCAUGUUUGUUGAUGAUAUGUAAUGGUGAUGAGAAGUGCAUUGAGAUUUUGUUGCAAGAGGGAGUUAUACCUGCUUUAGUGUCAGUAUCAGCAAAUGGGACAGUGAGAGGGAGAGAGAAGGCUCAGAGGCUGCUGAAGUUGUUUAGAGAGCAGAGACAGCGUGAGCCUUCACCAGCUCAGCAGGAGACGAACGAAGAAGAGGUGAUGGUGGUGGAGAAGAAGGCGAUAUGUAAACCGAGGAAGAAGUUUGGGAGGACUCUGAGUUCUUUAUGGAAGAAGAAUUUUUCGAUUUAUCAGUGCUAGAGGGUUUACUCAUCGGUCUUGUAAAUUAUGGUUUUUUUGGGUGUGCGCAAGUUCUUUUGGAGUUUUGGUUGUAAGUUUGGUCUCUUUCAGUAGUUGUGGGUGUCAUGGGCAUUUUCCCUGUGCCUCAUGAAGGAAAGUAGAACUGUAUAGCUUCUUGAUCUGGUAAUAUAGUUUUAGAAUUUUAGCAGUUCUUCUGUCUUACUGUAGCUUGAAA